AUGGAUGCGGGCACGAUGGAGAACGGCUCGGCCAGCGGCAACCAGAGCCUGGGCAGGAUGCCCCGGCAGCCCCUGGAGCUGCAGGUGGUCACCAUCCUGCUGGUGCUGCUCAUCUGUGGCGUGGGCAUCGCGGGCAACGCCAUGGUGGUGCUGGUGGUGCUGCGCACCAAGCACAUGGUGACCCCCACCAACUGCUACCUGGUGAGCCUGGCCGUGGCCGACCUCAUCGUGCUGCUGGCGGCCGGGCUGCCCAACAUCUCCGAAGUGGUGGCUUCUUGGGUGUACGGCUACGCCGGCUGCCUCUGCAUCACCUACCUGCAGUACCUGGGCAUCAACAUCUCGGCCUGGUCCAUCGCCGCCUUCACGGUGGAGCGGUACAUCGCCAUCUGCCACGCCAUCAAGGCGCAGCUCCUGUGCACCGUGUCCCGCGCCCGCCGCAUCAUCGCCUCGCUGUGGCUCUUCACCUCCCUCUAUUGCCUCAUGUGGUUCUUCCUGGUGGACACCACCCAGGUCACCUUCUCGGACGGGGCGCAGGUCAUCUGCGGCUACCGGGUCUCCAGAAACCUUUACAUGCCCAUUUACUUCUUGGAUUUUGCCGUCUUCUAUGUCAUCCCGCUGGGGCUGGCCACUGUCCUGUACGGCCUCAUUGCCCGCAUCCUGUUCGUGAGCCCCCUGCCCGGCGCCCCGCAGCAGCAGCAGCACUCCUCCCUGGGCUCCGUGCACCUGGGCAGCUCCCUCCGGCUCUCCUGCCGGGGCACCAGGGGCGCCCUGAGCUCCCGCAGGCAGGUGACCAAGAUGCUGGCUGUGGUGGUGGCCCUCUUUGCCGUGCUGUGGCUGCCGUACCGCACGCUGGUGGUGGUGAACUCCUUCGUGGACCCUCCGUACCUCAACACCUGGUUCCUCCUCUUCUGCCGCCUGUGCAUCUACCUGAACAGCGCCAUCAACCCCAUCAUCUACAACCUCAUGUCACAGAAGUUCAGGGCUGCCUUCAGGAAGCUGUACAAGUGCCAGGAGAAGAGUGCAGAGCACCCUGCCCCCUGCACCACCCCGGUGUACUACAGUGCUGUGAAGGAUUGUUCUCACGACAGCUCUGAGCACAACCUCACCGAGCAGGAGGAUCUGAGCAGGCUCCCUGCACCUGCGAAGAAGAAUAAACAAAUCCUGUGAGCCUGAAACAAUGCAGGCAGUGGGAGCUGUGUGGCUGUGCACACUGUGCUGGGAGAGUGCCAAGAGGAAUUGCUUUGGCAUUGCGGCAAGCUUCAUUCAAUAUUUCUUCAGGGCAUUUAACAAAACAUAUUGUUAUAAGCAAUUUAAUUUGCUUUUCCUUAGUGCUGAUUUAUCCUUGUUUGGUGAAGCGUUAGGCACGUCUCAAUAUUUAGCAUCUCUAAAGUAUCUGUUGUUAAAUAUAGCAGUGCCACCCCAUUUUGUGUUAGGUGCAAGUGCUGAGCUAGGCCAAAGCACAGAAAGGAAUCCCAGGAACAGAAGGGCAUUCAAGGAAAAAAUACACUUUGUUAGAGUGAGUCUCUCCUACCCAAACUGACCUGCCUGUAACACAGACACCCCAUGGAAGCUGCUCCUCUGGAGUCCUUCUGAAGCUAAUGGGAACAAUCAGGCACUUUCUGAUCUCAACGCUCUCCUGUGAGGAAUACACAUCCAUACAGAGGAGAUCAAUGCCUCCAAGGUAUGAGCCCAUUGGCUGUAAAGGGACUCUCUGGAGGAGACUCCUGCAUUAGGAAUAACCAGAGUUGGGUGUCAUGAGCCUCCUGUCAUGUUUCUGGAAACACUGCAGUGCUGAUAGCACAGAAACCAAGGCCCAGACCAGAUGGAUUUGGACAAUGAACAAACUAAUAAUGAACAAACUAAUAAUGAGUGAUCCCUGAUGUAUCAGAAAUACUUCCAAUGCUGUGGUCUGAGUUUCUUUAGGAUAACUUCACCUUUCCUAUCCAAAUUCCUCUGGUUGUUUCAGCUGGAAGCUAUACUCUUGUCCUCUAAGCCCCAGUGUGGUGUAGUCAUUACCACAGAGCAGUGUUCUCUCUGCCCCAGCUACAGGUGCAUUUCAAUGGCAGGUGAAGAAAUUCUCUUAUUUCCUGGGAGGAACUUGUGAAGUCCAUUAAGUGUUUUGUGAUUAAUGACACAAAUAUUUAUUGCUGCUGUCAUCUUGUAAGCAAAGUAGAUAUUCAUACCCUGCAGCAUCCAGGAGACCAGCCCAAGGACACUUGCCCCAGACUUGCAAGAGACUAUCUGGACUAUGAGUAAAAUCAAAAAGUUUGCAAAUGAGCCAAACCCUAGGGCUCUUGCCAAAUAAAACAAGUGUCUGCCACCAGUAAACCUCAAGUGACUGUGAAGUACUAUAACAGCCAAUGCAGCCUUACUAGUCAACACUUUCACCAAACUAUAGUGUUAAAAGAGCCUAAAAUUUUGCAUCCACUCAGAAAAAUAUGUGCAUGGUAUUUUCAAGGGCACAAGAUGUUAAUUAACCAUUCUGCAUCUACAGGAAAUCGCUUCACUGGGUGAGUCAGCACAAGACCUCAAAUCCCCUCAGUGUGUUGGAACUGUCCAGGACCAGGGGUUUUUUUGUGUGUAGGGAGAUUUUGCAUGUAUGAUUAUUAUAUUGCAUGUUAUUAAACCAUCUAUGUUGCCCCUAUCUAUUUAGAUAUUUAGAUAUAGACUAUAGAUAUUAGAUUUAAAAUGUAGAUAUUUAUUUUGUCCCUUGCUAUUUAGAUAUAGGAUGAGGGAAGAGAACAUUGUGUUUUUGCAAUUAUUUUAAACAUAAUGCAUUUGGAAUUUAAGGAUUAAUUUUUGUACUGUUUUGUGUAUGUUGUAUAAUGUGAAUUUAGGAACAGAGUUCCUAUUUAUUGUUGUUAAGAAAGUUUUGCAGAGAUUUGUGAUUUACUUCUUGAAGAAAAUGGAGGAGUUUCUGCUAACGUGAGGAUUUGCUUGUAAUGAUCUUUUUUUUGUAGUGCAGACUAUUUUUCCCUCCUUAGGAGAGGUUUUUCCUUAGCAGCUCAGAGGAAGCCAUUGAUAAAAGCAUGUGCAGACAAGCCAGAGCAGCAGGGACCAGGGUAAGGUGGAGCAGGGGAAGGGGAUCCCUGGGUGACUGCUGGUGCCCUCCUGGGACCUUGAGCACAGGCAGCAUCUUCUCACAGGACAUGGGAUGGGCUGUCCUGUGUCCUCCAGGCCUGCACCCUGAAGCUGUGAGUGCAGGGAGCUGGAUGUGGGAAGAGGAUUUUCUGCCAGAGCUUGGAAACCCACCUGCAUCCUGACCUAAGGCACUUCUCAGGCAUGGGCUGUGCCGUUUGACCGCCUUGGUCUCUGCAAACACAAGAAGCAGCUGAAUUCUGAAGUGUCCCCAGCAGGAUGUUUUCCACCUCCUCAUCACAUUUCCUAUCUUCACUCUCCCCCCAGAUGGAGACACCCUAAAAGCAUUGUUUUCUUAAUUCAAUUUAAGCCUCAGGCCAACAGCUAAUUGAAAGUUCUGAAAUAUUUGUUCAGCAUACUUGAGAUUCAAUUAAAACCUGGUUCUCUUCUCCCUUUUCUGCUCUUAGCUGCCAAGUACUGCAUGACCCUUCAUUAUUUUUUGAGAAGUAAUUGGCAGAUAAAUUCUCCUGGAACCACGAGAUCUCCAACAAGUGCAGCAGAGCAUUAAACUCUGUAGAUGAGGAAUGAAUUCCUGGUCAUUUCCCCUGCAUGUAUUCUGACACUUUAGGAGGAGUUGAGACACUUUUGGGUGGAAGUGGAGGCAGAAGGUCACCACUCAUCUUGCUAAGGAGAUGCUGCUUUAGAGAUGCAUUCUGCUGAGAAAUAAAUCACUAGCAGAAAGGAAUUAAAAUAAAUAACUCAUCACAGUAACUUCCUUUGGAUAUUCAGGGUCUGAAUAAAAACCUUGAUUCCUCAUAAGAAAUCAGAGAGCUCCCUUGAAGCUUCAGCCUGCAUUACCUUGUACCUUGCAACAUUUCACACUGCUUGUAAAACCUCAAGCUGUAUUUUACCCUCAGCAUUUAUUUGUCUCAACAGCAUGAGUGUGGGCUGUGAGUUUAUAAACAUGCCAGCAAAUAAAGAAUCUAUUGCUCCUAAGUAA